AAUUCGGGAACAGCCCACCUCCUCGAUCUCGCAGCGCAGGAGAUUCUUCCAUUGCUCCCACCCCGUGAACUUCCCUUUUAUGCCUUCACUUGCUUUGGGCUUUUCUUCUACGGCCCACGGCCACUUUUAAUUGAUUCCCUUCUCUCGAGUUGUGUUGCGACCGACCGACCGACUGCAUCGCGUAGUCGCUCAAGCUCCGUGGUACCGACCAACCGUUUACUACCAAAUCCAGCCUCAAGCCACGAAUCCCUUCCACCUUCUUCACGACUUCGCGAUAAUAUCUGGAGACAACCAGGGAAACAGCCACCGCCCAUCACCAUGGCAUCGACUGCGCACACGACGGGCGCCGAUGCACAAGCAGAGGAGCUGCGGAGGAGAAAUGUAGCCGCGCCAUCACAGGCCGCAGCGCCAAUCGCUGCACUGGCACAAGAGAGGGAGAAGUCAAAGGACAAGCCUUUCAGCAUCAUCUCCUUCCUGGACGACUACGAAUUCAUCUGGGCACCUCUUAUAUUCACCUUCUUCGCCUUCUUCACACGCAUGUACAAGAUUGGCCUCUCGCCAAUCGUCACUUGGGACGAAGCCCACUUUGGCAAGUUCGGUUCACACUACCUCAAGCGCGAGUUCUACUUCGAUGUCCACCCACCGCUCGGAAAGAUGCUCGUCGGUUUGUCCGGAUACCUCGCAGGAUACAAUGGCUCGUUCGAGUUCAAGUCCGGAGAAACGUACCCCCCGGAGCUGAACUACACCUUCAUGCGCCUCUUCAACUCGGCUUUUGGUGCUGUUUGCGUUCCCCUGGCCUACUUUACCGCCAAAGAAUUGAACUUCCGCCGUCCGACCGUAUGGUUCGUCACCCUGGCCGUUCUCUGCGAGAACUCGUACACCACUAUCAGCCGUUUUAUCCUCCUUGACUCUAUGCUACUAUGCUUCACCUUCACUACCGUCUUCUGCUGGUCCAAGUUCCACCGCCAGCAACAUGACCCAUUCUCUCCUGAGUGGGGUCUGUGGCUGAUGCUUACCGGAGUUUCAAUUGGUUGUGUAUGCAGCGUCAAGUGGGUUGGAUUCUUCGUCACAGCUCUCGUUGGAUUGUACACCAUUGAAGACCUCUGGCGCAAAUUCGGUGACCUGAAGAUGCCCAAGAUCGAGCUAGCCACGCAUCUCGCUUUCCGCGUUUUCAGUCUGAUCCUCAUCCCCCUCGCCGUCUACAUGUUCUCCUUCUACCUCCACUUCAUCAUCCUCGAAAACAGCGGUCCCGGCGAUGCGCAAAUGAGCUCUCUCUUCCAAGCCAACCUGCGAGGAACUGAGGUUGGCAAGAACAGCCCUCUCGAAAUCGCAUACGGUUCCCGCACCACGUUGAAGAACAUGGGAUACGGAGGUGGACUGCUCCACUCUCACGUCCAGACAUACCCCGAGGGCUCUACCCAGCAGCAGAUCACUUGCUACCACCACAAGGAUGCCAACAACGACUGGUUCUUCUACCCCAACCGCCACGAGGUCGAAUACAAUCCUGAAGAGGAGCUCCGCUACCCUGGCAACGGUGACGUUAUUCGUCUGAUCCACGCCCAGACUGGCCGUAACCUCCACUCGCACCAAGUCGCUGCCCCUGUUACAAAGAGUGAUUGGGAAGUUUCUUGCUACGGCAACACAACUGUUGGUGACACCAAGGACCAUUGGGUUGUUGAGGUCGUACGCGACGCUGCUUCGAGGGACUACUCCAAGCUCCGGACGCUUACUACCGCUUUCCGUCUGAAGCACAAGGAUCUGGGCUGCUACCUCCGCGCUGGCAAUGUCAACCUACCUCAGUGGGGUUUCAAGCAGAUCGAGACAACCUGUGUCAAGAAGAACAACCCUCGCGAUGUUUACACUCAUUGGAACAUCGAAAGCCACACCAACGAGAAACUGCCGCCAGGCAACCCUGGUGACUACAAGUCUCCCUUCCUCCAGGACUUUAUCCAUCUUAAUGUUGCUAUGAUGACAUCUAACAACGCACUUGUCCCUGACCCCGACAAGCAAGACGACCUCGCCUCCAGUUUCUGGCAAUGGCCCAUCCUCCAUGUCGGUCUCCGCAUGUGCGGCUGGAACGAUGACAUCGUCAAGUAUUUCCUCCUAGGUAACCCCUUGGUCUACUGGGGCAGCACUGCCUCGCUAGGCAUUUUCGGUCUUCUUCUCCUCUUUUACGUCGUCCGCUGGCAACGUGGAUUCAAUGACCUGAAGCAAUCGGAAAUCGACUUGUUCCACUACGCAGGUAUCUAUCCCAUCAUUGGCUGGGCUCUCCACUACGCACCAUUCGUCGCCAUGGGCCGUGUCACAUAUGUGCACCACUACUACCCCGCUUUGUGGUUUGCCAUCAUCGUUAUGGGCUUCUGCUUGGACUUCACCACAAGGAAGUUGAACAAGCAGGUACAGUGGGGCAUCUUUGCUGUACUGUACCUUGCUACCAUCUUCCUGUACUGGCUGUUCAGGGCCAUCUCCUUCGGUAUGGUUGGACCUAGCAGCCAAUGGAAACACCUCAAGUGGUUCGAGAGCUGGAGGAUCACCGACUAAACUCUCUCCUGCUCUAUUUUGAGAGCAAAAAGGACGUUUGCUCUUUUUGUAACAACAUCUUCUUUGCAUCGGGCUUCUUUUGGUGAACAGGGGGGUAUCUAGGGUUAUGGAUAUCAGGCUGGUGAAGGCAUGCAUCAAAGAUUUUUUCAAGGCAAGGGCUAGCGAAGGUGUUCCUAGGGUGGAGUCUCUCUUUGGUGGAUGAUAUAACUCUAGACAUUUUAAAAGGACAAUGUGAUGAUGCAUUCUACUUCCCUCUGCUCUGCGGUCGUUGC